AUGUUGCCGCCUAUGCAGACCAACAUGUCAACGGACGUGAGUCGUGUUCCAUUCACAUUGGCCCUGGACGUGGUGUUCCUCUUUUGAUGCUGAUUGGUGCACAGUCACCGUUUUUGUCCUUCUUUAUGGCCAGUUCCAGAUUUGCGCAUUCGGGAGAGAAGAGAUUCAUGUUUUUUCAUGGCCGUCUCUGUCGUGGGGUUGAGUGCACAGUCGUUCAUGUAUAGGAGUUCAUGGACAGUGAUUUUUGAAGUUCACGCAAACGCUUGCCUCGUAGGAUGUUGAGAAGCCGACUUCCGGCCCUGUAGGCAAUAGUGAUCUCGCAACGCUCAUCAUGGUAGGCAUUCGGCACUAUAGCAGAGAACAUAACAGUGAAAAAGGUUGAAGCGAGUAUGCGGCCCCGCUUCACUCUGUUGAGUAUUGCGAAUGCUUAUGAGACUGUCCGUUGUCCGUGACGCGCGCCAUAAUGUCAUCGUGGAGCUGACGUACCAUGUACAUAAAUCCUCAGAGCAUCCAAAUUUCUGCAUGCCCCUCCAGAGUCCAGCGUGAUUCACCGUAUGCAAGACCUUUGUUAGGCUCACACAGGAAAUGUUGAAAAUGCUGUACCCUUCGCAGCACGUCUACUGCAGUCACCGGGCCGCAAAGAUCAUAUUAACGGUGCUGCAUUUCCUCAAGAAUCCAUAUUAGCUUUCGGGAGAAGUCCGUGUUCUAGAUGAAUUUUCAGGAGACUGAAAAGGAUGCGGGCGAAGAUCAUUCCAGCAAUGUUGAGUGGCGAGAUUCCUUUGUGAUUACUACAAAUUUGUCGGUGACACUUCUGCCCAAAGAGACGGAUGAUUGAAAAGGGGACACGAUCGCCGGAACAGGAGCUUCAUGAGCCGGAUAUUUUGAAUUCCCAGUCGAAUCCAUCAUCAGAGACGGAGUCGGAUAAGUGUGGAAGUUGCCCAGAUGUUGUUGCAUGUAUAGGAUGUAGUUGCUGGGCUGUGACAUGCUUAUCAGAGUUAACAGCUCCCGCGUGCAUCAUGGAUCGACUGGUCAGGUGAUGAAGCAUGUAGUUGUAAUGCAGACGCUAUGCGCCUGCAUGUCAGCCAAAAUUAUUGGCUCCUACGCUUAUUGCACGCAGUCGAGUUGGUGACCGUCAGAUUUCGUCAUCCGUGUGGAUUCAUAGCCAAUUUGGCUCGCCAACAGUGACACAAGGAAUAGUGGUCAUCCGCACGCUCUCCGCGUGGCUGAAUAUUUUUCCUGGGCAGAGUCUCAGCCCCGAAUAUGAAGCGGGGAUGUCGUUUGAUUGUGGAUUGAUUGUGUUGAUUGAGGACCUGAAAACCAUGUCUCAAACAGUUCACGGCUCACGCGAUUGUCGCCUAUCACAUAUACUUCGGCUUUAUCAAACUUCAGUGUCUGACUGGAACCCAUAGAGUGCGCCCCGACUGGGGAGCUGGGGCUGCUCUACCCCACCACGGCUGCGUGUUCGACUAGCCGCUUCUGGAGUAUUCUAACAGUUUCUCCGACAUAGUUACACCAGAAACCGCAAACGACCCCAGACGUUUCUUGCCGAGGCGGUGGGUCUUUCGGCCUCAUGAUCUGGCGCCUUAUUAUUGUCCCGGUCUGUGUGCAACUCCGAUUUCAAGUGGCGCGAGAAGGCGAGCCACGGCUUCCAUGACAUUCCUUACGUAGGUGGGGGCUCGCCAAGAUUGUAGGCCGCUAGGAUUUCAAAUCCCAUUUCAUUUGCGCGGACUGUGGUUGACUAAGCUGCGUGUAGUCGAAGGUAACGUAGUUCGGCAACCUGGUCUUUCGGUUCACUGCUGCGUGUCUCCACACGCUGGUAUAGCGCCCUUACGCAACCACGUUUAUGACUGAUUGGGUGGUUGCUAUGGUAGCUCAGCACUUGCGUCGUGUUUGUCGCCUUCCUGAAUACUUUGGUUUUUAGGACACCACAAUCUUUGCGGCAGGCAAGGACAUCAAGCAAGACCAGCUAGUUGUUCUCCUCUUCCUCCAUCGUGAAUCUAAUGUCUGGAAAGAGAGUGUUGAGAGUUUCUUUAAAUUUCGACACCUGCACCCGUUUGCUGACAACGAAGGUAUCAUCCACAUACCGACCCCAGAAUUUCUGCCUGCAUUGCCGGAAAACUAGAAACUCCAACCGUUUUAGUAUCGACUUGGCUAUGACUCCUGAAAUCGACGAACGCGUUGGCGUGUCCUUCACCUGCUCGUAGAUUGCUCCAUCGAACGUAAAGCACGCCAUUAGACAGAACUUAGGGAGUAAGAGUAUUUAGGCACGUCCAAGGCGGUUCUCCUUCUAACCGUAUUUGUCUCGUAGGAGUAGUUCGAUGGUCUCGACUGCCAGGUUCUGCGGAAUAGGAGUAAAACGGGACGUGACAUCAAAGGAUAUUAUGGCGUCGCUUGGAAGGAGGCUAACCAGUUUCGUUUCUCCAAGAAUUGUGUUGAUGAAGUGACCAUGGUGUCUGUCUUGACUGUCAGUAACUUGGGACGCCGGAACAGCUAAUUUGCUAGUUCGUACCUUGGAGAACGUUUGAGCGACACGACGGGUCGGAUAUGAGAGCCAUCUAUGUGCACCUUGGGAUGGCCAUAGAAGAGGAUCAAAACCGUAUCUCGGCGUCUCGCCAUGCUUGGCCACGAAGUAUCGCGGCCACCUCCCCGAAGAUCGUGAUUUCACCAUUUUCAAAAAUACGUGUCGUUAAAGUUUGCCUUUUGAUCUCACCCAAACAAGAUAGUUCGUGAGAUUUUACACCUGAACUACAUUUUGCAAUUCAGUGCAAACGUCCGCUACAUUGUGGCGCAAGAGUGAAAUACCACCCUCCGAAUAUAUGGCAGGAUGGUUACCCUAGCUUUAAACUGCGCCGACGAUAAUGCGGGCGACUAUGCGCAGGAUAUUCGACAGUUUAUAUGGUCGCCGUUUCCAGUUCCGCCGCGCAAUUCAUCGAACGAGCCAUAUAUCAAAAGGGGUUUUGUCAACGGUGUCUACGUAUUCGUCUGGUCUGCCGAUGUGCGCAAACCACUGCAGUCCUAAUACAAACGAAUGUUUUGGUUACUUUGUAUCAUGGUUGGUGAUAUCGGUUAUUCUGCAUUUGGCGACUUGUGAUAUUCUCUUCGGGGGUGUUUACAUCAUUAUGUCCAGCGCCGUUGUUUUAUGAUCAGUUUCUAAAGAAAAAGCUUAAGGUGGGAGCUGGGGGUGGCCCAUCAGCUACUUGAUUCCCCCUUUAGGCGAUGUAACAGCUACGUCUGGCGCACAAAGAAAUGUAAUUCACACUAGUUAUCUCCCGAGAGUGUGCAUGUCAGACUUGAAAUAUAAGACAGACGUGUGAGACUUGUGUACGUUAUAGAUCGUGAAAUCACGGUCUUCAGUAUGAUGUCGAAGGUGCUUUGGGUUUGAAUCUGCUUUACUUAAAGUUAACAGACGGUAAUUUCCGCAAAAAUAUGCAGGAGGUUGAGUCAGGUCCGUGGGCUGCUGCUACUGCUGCUGCAGUACCGUUCCCAAUUGGAACAAUUUGGGUACUGACCAUGAAGUCAUUGGUAGUUAAUAUAGAAGUGAGUGGGGCGGACAGCAUCCAUCAAGGACAUUAGCCCGCCUACGUAAGGUAUGGACUGCGGAUGGGAACUCAAAGCCGUAAGCUGAGUCCAAGAGAAUUCUGGUCACCGGAACGAUGUAAGCGCAGUUUAGGAGAAACCAAUGAUAGAAUUUUACGGUGCACUGGAACUUCUGCAGUUGGUGAUUGGAGUAAGAAGUUGUAAAGUCCUUAAUGACAGAAAACCUGGAGACCAGGAAAAGGAUUCUCAGGAAGUCUUUCGGUUUAAAUUCAAAGGAAAUAGGUAACAACUUUGGAAGUGAAAUCGGCGGUUUAAAAACCCGAUUGUCUUCAGGUCUUCUCGCGUUUCCUUAUCAUUUCAGCAUAAUUCAGCAUAGCCGAGAAUAAUAGACAUUGCCUUUGAAGACUCUAUUGAAAAUGGCAAAUGUAAUGCAUACGACAGAGCAAACAUGUUAUUAUAGCGUCUUAAGUAACAUAUGCAUACUGAAGAGUAAUUUUUCAACAAGGCCAUCUGUUAAAGGAUAACUACACGUUGUCCAACUUUGAGCCUAUUUGAGGGAAUGGCUACAUAUGAAAUAUUACAAAUUACACCCUCAUUGUUUUAGGCGCAUAAUCACCCAAUGUCGCUUUUUUCAGGCUUUCCAAAAAUUACGAUACACUGGCAAUGAAUUAUUAUUAUUUAAAACGCCUUUAAUUUGCGUAAGCGUUCCCUAAAGGUGUUCAAAUUUACAUGAUAUGAAUGAUCUGGGGAUAGCCGCAUAUUCACUUGCCUGGAAGAUUUGCCUGCCCAUAGGCAGAAAUUCCUAAGACCAUAAGUAUUGAGAAAAUGAGGGAUAAAAAUCCAGAAGGUGAGAUGACACGUCCUAAAUAACAGUUUCGUUUACAUCAUAGGGACCAAGACUACCUUUCAUACAUAACUGGUGACAUGCUACGAUUCAGCGAGUUUAGGAUUAGAGUUCAGGGCACGAGAUCGACCACUGACAUCGGCAACUCGACUAUGGAUGAAAUUAGUUUAUACUCUUUCCUUGGACAUGGGGUGGUCACCAAGUUUCCCUUUGUUUGCUUAAUUCUACUUGCCAACACAGAGUAACCUUUGAAUGAUCUGCUGGUUAGUGUUGUUAAUUUCACUUAGUAAAUAGGCCCCUUUUCUUCUAUGUGGCACCCUAUAGACCAUACAGGUGGAUUUAAGUACAAACGUAAGUGGGAGUGGUCAGUACGCCUUUUUGACAGGAAAGCUACUGCUGUACAUUGAGUUCUAUGUUCUUGUAACUAUUCAAAAUAGCAUCGAGAUUUUGCUGUGCGAGCGAAGGUCCUUAUCUUUUCCGCUGAUAGAAUGAACCAAAUAUUUCCACAAAUCCUUAUGCCGAGGUAGUGCUUUCAAAAAAUUGUUUUUUCGUAAAAUUGCUGAUCUCAAAAAGUUCUUCGAAUGCAUCUUGUUUGAGUUUCUUCUCAUAUUUUGAUGCGGCCGGUUCAAGUAUCGUAGACAUCGGCUCUCUUGCAGCCUUUCUUGUCUGAGGUGGAUUUUUACUGAUAAGGAAUCCCUCACAACUUUCACUCUCAGCAGACUAUCCGGUUUUUCGGUGAGCAUAUUUUCUGUGAAAUCUGAAUCUUUACCUCCUGCAUUACGAGUGCGCAUCAUUUUCCCCGGCUUAUCUCGAUUUCGCGUUCGUAUAGGGCCUGUUAAAUUUGUCGCGUGUUAUUCAUAAUCUAGCGCUUUCAAUUACUUAUUCCGUCCCUGUCCCUACUUUAUUUCAUGAUAUCCGCGUUGGACUCGUUAUUACAUUUGCAUAUUAGUCGUUGUUGGAUAUCCAAUGUAGAAAGUGGUAUAUACCACUUUCUACAUUUUCUUACCUAUCUACUACAAACGCAAGACAUAGAUGCAUUGUAUGGAGUUUCAGUGUGAUAGUUGGAUUCGACACUGAAAGAACACUAGUUGUUGGCUUAGGGACAUAGUUGCGGUGGUUUAUUUGCUCGCGUGAGGCCAAGUUUCCGGUUAGACUUAAUAGUAUACCAUUAAGCAUGUACGGUUAGUUGCGCUUGCGUUUGGGUCAAGCCUGGUCUUUACGACCAGGUCUUGAGUUAGGGUAAGGUUUAUCGAUAGGUUUUAGGUUACGUACUAUUUUUGGGUUGUGUGCUUGAGGAAGGUUUGGUUUUAGGUAGGGGGUUAGGUCCCCAAGGCACCGAAUAUGAGUGCACGAUUUCUGGGAGAUGAUUGCAUGUGCCUUUCGCCCUGCCUUUUUCGCCGCCCUUUCACGCGCCGUCAUUUUUCUUGGAAGGUUUCGUAGCCACUCCUUCCUUAGCCUUUAAAUGCUUCCCAUCCGGCAAUCCCUUACAAACGUUUCCCACGCGUAUUCAGAGAGCCGCUCCUUAGUGCUCUCGUGACAAUUCACUGGACAGGUUAGGAGCAAUAUUUUCGCGUUUGCCUCUCGUCGUACACUAACUGCACUCAUCUGAAGAUUAACACGCACAAAAUUUGGGAAAAUCCUGCACUUCAGCCUUGUCGACCAAGCAAGCUUGACAUGCACGUACAGCACUGUUAGGGUUCCGCUUAUAUAAUAAGGUACCUAAUGUUUACGUUUGCCGAUUGUUAUGGUCUUACGAUUCAUUUUGUUUUGUGCUUUUGUGAGGAAGCAUCAUCCAGCUAAGAAUUAUUAGUUUUACUCUAUCCCUUAUAUGCUGUGCUGGCUUUAGUGAUCUAAGAGUUUUUUUCCUGUGUUAACAGACAAAACAGAUACAGAUUUACAACAGCUUUGGGAUAAAAUCUAACCCAUGCCAUGCGGUUCAACCAUUCUUAAGUGGCCUAUAGGGUCUUUCUUAGCCUUGGCGGACUUUCGAAUCACUCUAACAGUGGUCGUUUCUCUUGCGUCCACUAAAAUACCCAACAUGAGGGAUUGGUGCAAGGGAAAAUGCUGCUGGCAAAUUGCCAAUUUCUCUCCAUACCCUGGAAAGCUUAUUUGAGACCUUCGCCAAUUCUUUUUCUGGGCCAGUGCUCUAUAAGUGCCAAUUGACCUAAUUCAAACCCAUGGUAGACUAAAUUUAAGCUGUCUAUGAUCAAAUUUUUUUCCCGACUACCGGAGGUAGCCUAAGGAGAAAUCGAGUUUUGAUGAAGUCGUUGGUGUUUGGCGUUCAAACCCGGUAAGGCGGGCGGGCAUAAUCCUCGAUGAGUUCUUAGUUUUGAUCUCCUCCUUCCUUGACCUACUGGAUUGUUGCAGUUUGUCUUCAUCCGCUUACGAACAUCUCGAGAUAAGUAGGGAGCAGCUGGUAUCGGAAAGAUUGUUUCGGCAAACAGGCGUACUCUGAUUGGAAUCCUCAGGGCAUGCGUAGAAAGGUGCAUAUUUAAUUGAAAGUGGUGCGAGGUCUGUUUUCACUGCUUCUACCAGACAGUUGUUUGCCGUAUUAAAUUUGUUCCAUACCUCACCGCAUUCUUUUGCUAGAAUUGUUUCACUAACAUGAGCGAAUGACCCCUUCGUCUACAAUUUAUUUGUGAAUUAGUCGAUUAAAGUCGUACACUUGUAUGUCUUUGAUGUUUAUCAACCUCCCAACUUACUAUGACACUAUUAUUUGCAGCGGCCACUAA